GUAGUUGUAGUUCAUGGCAAUGAAUGUGUAUUUCCUCGUCAGUCUCCGUGUUUGUUCGGUGUGCAGCAGUUUAGUGUCUAGUAAAGCUGUCAUGUGACUUAUAAUGAUGAGUAAAGUGUGUGCUGUGUUCGGAGGAUCCAGGGGGAUAGGGAAAGCGGUUGCAAGGUUACUGGUACAAAAGGACUAUAAAGUGGCGAUUAUCUCCAGAAAUUUGGAAGUAGCAAAAGCCGCAGCAGAAGAGGUUGGCGCCCCCCUGGCUCUUAGCUGUGACAUCGCCAAAGAAGAAGAGGUUCAGAGCACAUUUAAGGAGAUUGUGAAACACGUGGGUCCUGUUAAGUAUCUUGUUAACGCUGCAGGUAUUAAUAGAGAUGGGCUGUUGCUGAGGAGCACAUGUGAGGACGUCCUGUCUCAGAUCACCGUUAAUCUCAUAGGGCCAAUCCAGACAUGUAAAGUGGCCAUCAGAGGAAUGGUCCAGCAACAGGGAGGAGCCAUUGUCAACAUAGGCAGUGUUGUUGGACACAAAGGGAAUUCUGGCCAGAGCAUUUAUAGUGCCAGCAAGGAAGGAUUGGUGGGUUUCUCCAAGUCUCUUGCUAAAGAAGUUGCCAGGAAGAACAUUCGAGUCAAUGUGGUUGCACCAGGAUUCAUUUGCACGGAUAUGACAUCACACCUGCAGGAAGAUGGGCUGGCCAAAGGCAUCCCGCUGGGCCGAUUUGGAGAGACAGAAGACGUUGCGCAAACAGUAGCAUUCUUGUUUGAGGCCUCAUACAUCACCGGCCAUGUGUUAGUGGUCGACGGUGGAUUACAGCUACAGUUUUAAGAAGCACCGUCAUUAAUCCGUAUAUGACAAAAAUGGAAAUAAUCCUCAUAGCGACUAUGGAUUCUUUCCCCACAUGGUUAAUGUGGUCCUUAAUUUCACAUACAAAGUGACAUCACGUGCUGUCUCUGCCGCAUGUGUGAACUGCCUAAUGUCCUUCAAUGAUUGGUAUAAGAAAGGAAUAAUGUAUUACUAUAUUUCAAAUUAUAAUAUAUGUGUGGCUAUUCGAUGGAA